AACUCGAUUGGUCACACUAUCAUUUAGCCGCAUGUAAACAAAUCUUGGAUAGCGAAUUUCAUAUUAAAAUUUUCAGUUUAAAAUUUAAAGUUUGUAGAAAUAAUAUUAAAGGAAAGAAAACGAUGUUAGCCAUAGCGGAUCCUGCAGCCGGCAUACCCGACAAAGCUUGGCAGCCGCACUUUGUAACACUGGAGACCAGCAUGGGUGAAAUCACAGUAGAGUUAUAUUGGAAACAUGCCCCAAAUACCUGCCGCAAUUUUGCUGAACUCUCGCGACGUGGCUACUACAACAACGUGAUAUUCCAUCGAAUAAUUCGAGAUUUUAUGAUCCAAGGAGGCGAUCCAACGGGUACUGGACGCGGCGGCACCUCCAUUUACGGUACAGAAUUCGGAGACGAGAUCAAUAGUGAUCUUAAGCAUACAGGCGCAGGUAUUCUCUCAAUGGCAAACUCAGGACCCGAUACAAAUGGAUCGCAAUUCUUUAUAACUUUAGCUCCCACCCAAUGGUUGGAUGGCAAACACACAAUCUUUGGUCGUAUUUAUACAGGAAUGGAGGUGGUCAAACGGAUAGGCAUGGUCGAGACAGACAAAAACGAUCGUCCUGUUUAUCCACUACGUAUUGUAAAAGCCAAAGUGGAAAAACUUUAAUUGAGGAAUGACUAGAAAAAUAAA